GUUCAAGAUGAAGACAGCUGGUUUGUUCCAGUGAAUAACAAAGAAGAGACAACGAUAAGAGUUGAAGAACUGAGCUGCAAGAAUAUAUUCUCCCUGCAAGACAGAAAAAGUCAGUGAUGUCGAAGCUGGUUUGUCCUCUGCUUCUCCUUUGUUUACUUCCAGCUGUGGUUCCCCUCUUCUGUUACACCUGUGUGUUCCCCGCCAUCUCACCUUUGGACUGCAUCAGAUACCCUCUCAAGUGUCCACCCGGGCAGGUCUGUCUGUCCAGCAGAGCUGUGGGCCAGAGAGGAGGCUUCCGUGUGGUGUUGUACGAGAAGAGCUGCAUCCUGCCCUCCUUUUGUGGAAUCACCGGUGAAAAACAGGCCAUGGGACUCAACUUCACCUUCACCAAUGACUGCUGCAACACACACCUGUGCAACGGAGCUGCAAUACCUGCUACCUCCUGCUGGACUGGCACAAUACUAACACUUCUUAUUUCAUAUGCCCUUUGGUGAACAGAAAAAUAUGUGGAAGAGAACUAGUUAAACACAGAUGAAUUUGCCUUUUCUGCCAUCUUAACGGACUGACAUUGUACUCAGCGUCUUUUUAGUAACUGCGCACUAAUCUGUGCUAAACCAUAACCAUAUCUGUGAGAUAGAAAAAUAAUAUUUUUCUCUAAUUAUUGCUAAUGACAUCUAAAGAUCUGCCCUACUACUUGCAGAGCUGUUUUUGAAGUGGAGAAUGUAAGUGAGUGUAACAUCUGUCGCUUAUGUUCCCAUGAUUUAGUAUUUUUAUACAAACUGUGACAAAAUAAACUACCUCUACCCACUUUUCAGUCAAGUUAGUCUCAGAGGGCUCUACAGUGUUGUAUGUAAAUAUGUACACAACGGGCCUCAUGCAGGAAGCGAUAUCUGAACACAUUUUCUCUUAUUUUUAUUUGUAUCCCUAAUUUGUUCUUACUUUAUUUCUACCCAUUGACCUAUGGGAUUCACCAAUAUUUUCUUAAUUUUGCUGUUCUGUGGUCGAGAGCACUCUUACCUAGAUAAGAAAAAAAAAACAUCUUGUUCUCCACAGUUCUCAAUUUGUUUGUCCAACACAAGGAAACAUAAGUUUUAUAUAUGAGGAACAUUUAAAAAAUGCACAAACAUCACAAAAUCAAAUUUAGAUUAAAUCUUAGAAUAACUAUAAUGAUUAGAUUAUUAAACUGUGAUUUCAGUUACUGUGCACUCCUCUGCUGACCAGUGCUAGAAUGUAACUAAUUACAUUUACUCAAUACUGUACUUAAGUACAAAUUUGAGGGGCUUUUACUUUACUUGAGUAUUAUAAUCUCAUGCAGCUUCCUCCCUCUACUUCACGGCACUUCAGAUGAACAUAUUAUACUUUUUACUCCAAUACAAUUAUUUGAUAACUUUAGUUACUUUAGAUAAUAAGAUUUUUGCACUCAAACUACAUGAAAAUGUACAAGUGCAGCUAAAACAAUUAGUCGAUCGAUUAGAAAAUUAAUUGGCAACUAUUCUGGUAAUCUUUUAAGUCAUUUUUCAUGCAAAAACAUUUCAUGGUUCCAGCUUUUCAAACAUGAGCACUUGCGGCUUUUCCUUUUAAUUAUUUUGAUUGAUUAAAUUGAUUUAAAAUCUUCUGCAUUAAGUACUUUUAAUACUUGAAUACAUUUUCCUGAUUUUUACUGACUUUUACUUAAGUAACAUUUUCAAUGCAGGAUUUUUUCAGGUAAGUUAUUAGCACUUCUACUUAAGUACUUCUUCUAAGUAAAGCAUGUAAAUACCUCCUCCACCACUGCUGCUAACAAAUCAUACAGCUUUGCAAAUGUUAUGCCAUAGCUGGGUUUUCCAUGGUACUGACACUCUGGAAAAUCAUGUUUAAGUUGUUUAAGUUUAUCAAUACCCUGAUUUUGCUACUGCUGAAGUUCUUCUUUGUCUUACAGCAUUUUGGUUUGAGGCAUCUCUCCAACUCUUGGGCAUAUGACACAGUAUUUGCACACGGCACAUCACAUGCCGUUAUGAAGUGUUUAGGGGCGUUACGUAUGCUGAAAGGGUAACUCAUGCUCAAGUGGCACACCUAGGAAAGAACAGAUUUGGACAGCUGACUUCUCUUAAUAGAAAAUUAAGAAAAAAUAUAAGAGAAAUUUAAGAAAAUGUUGCUGCAUUGAGGCCCAAUGUGUCAUAUUUACCUUCUUUCCUUAGACCCUCCACUACGAAAAGGAAACACACUCCACCAAAAGAGCAUGUAGCAGAAUUCAAUGUAAAUAUGGUUGGUGUAAAUCAGUGAUUUUACCAAAUGAAAUCACACACAAUUUUAGCGUUACACAUGUGACCAAAGUUAAACAGUUUCACCUAAGACUGUGAACUAUUACUGAGACCCUCAACAUGGCCACAGUGAAAGCUGUGCUUGGACUGAAGACCUCCACCAACUUGACCUGACCUCUGUACUAUGAGCAGAGCUUCAAUUAGCACAGGCAGUAAUAAAAAGGUAAAGAACAGGCUAAGUUGUUACAGGUAAAUGACACCAAGGCUGCAGCCAUGGCGUCAACACUGGGGUGAGGGACCAAAUCUGUCAGGGGGUCUAGAGUUCUGGGGUCCCCCAGUCCCCAUCCCCAAAGAAAAUAAACUCCAAAAUUUGAAAAGUGAUUUCCUACUACAUGAUUUUUCAUAAGCAAGCACAGUUAUACAGUGUACUAAUGUGCAAUAAAUGAAAGCUACUACUGUCGACAUAAAGUACACAUGCAGCACAACAUAAAUGAUUAACGAUUUAACAAUCCCAUUACAUUCUUGUUUUCCAAGAACUAGAGCUGGUAGCGGUAGCCUAUUUAUAUUGGCAAUUUGUUAAGUUUAUUUGGGAUUAUGAUUACAUUUGCUCAUGAGCAUUUUGGAUGAUUAACAUAUCAGUGCUGGUUAGGAAGAGAUUGUUUUAAAAAGUACAAGUGAAUGAACUGAAAGUAAACACACAUCAAAUUGUGAAUUAAUUAAUGAAUCAAUUGUUCACCCACUGUAUACAAACAGUAGUCCUUGUAUUACAGAUCAUUUGAGAAUUACUUGCACACAUACAACACCUGAGCAAUGUUUGUGCACACUGGCAUGAAGAAUGAAAGACAUGUAUUAUUAUAUCCUCGUACUCAUCUGAUCCGUGUAAAAUUGCAGCACAACACAAAUGAUCUUUGUUCAUUAUUUAAAAGGCACAGACAGUUCUUGCCUAAAAAUGUGAACAUUAUGUUGUGUAUUAGUAAUUUUAUUUAUGUGUUGACAAAAUUGUAUAAGAAAUAUUUUUUGGACCCAAUGUUUUUAUUUGAUCAAGUAGAAUGUAUUGUUAUAUUUACUGUAACUUUUUUAAAUAAUCCAAUUAACCAGAACAAAAAUAAAUGAAUAUGUGAAUGAUGACAACUACAAAAUCAGACCUUGUGGCUCUAAAUGUAUCCCUUUUGAAAAGUGUGAUGGGUUAAAAUUAACUUCCUCCGGAUUUACACAAUAAAACAUUAAUUUUUAAAGUU